AUGGGCUCCAGGUUUCCAGCAACAGGUGAACAGUGUUUGGUUCUGACCUCCAGUCCUGGCAGCGUGGUGGUGACCUUCGAACUGAGGUUCAGUAAGCUGAUUGACACUGAAGAGGUGGAGCAGCAGCUGAGGGCGGGGCUUCAGGUGGCUGAGGGUGGGGCCUUGGUGAUUGACAUCAACAGCAUCCAGAUUACAGAGAAACUUGAGAAGACAACACCUACAGCAACCAGCAACAAGCCUGCAACAACCAGCAACAAGCCUGCAACAACCAGCAACAAGCCUGCAGCAGUGACGUGUCCUCCUGGUCAGACUGCGUGUUCUGACGGGUCCGGUUGUGUUCCAAGCAACUGGUUCUGUGAUGGAGUCCCCCACUGUUUGGACUCGUCUGAUGAAUCUCCCUUCUCCUGCGCAACGCCAUGUGAUGGACAGUUUGUGUUAGAGGGGCUGAGCGGAUCCUUCAGGUCGUCGCAGUCUGACGCCUACAACAACAACGUCUUCUGCCGUUGGAUCAUCAGGGUGAACAGGGGACUUUCGGCCCAGGUAACCUUCCAGCAGUUUGAGACGGAGGCGAACAUCGACGUCCUGAGGCUGUACGAAGGAGUCGGACCCAACAAGGUUCUAGCAGCUGAGCUCUCAGGCUCCGCCCCCCCUGGUACCGUGUGGCUGCUGACCGACCAAUCAACAGUGGAGUUUACAUCGGACAGCUUCAACAGUCUGCCGGGCUUCAGAGCAUCUUUCAGAGCUGCCGAUACUGCUGGGCUGUCCAACCCGGAGAAGCUCAGCUGUAGCUUCGAAGACGGAGUGUGUUUUUGGAGGCAGCAGCAGGACGAUGAAGGAGACUGGAUCAGAACCAGUGGCCCCACUUUCCCCUCAUCAACAGGUCCAAAUUCUGAUCACACCCUGGGGAACAGCUCAGGCUUCUACCUGGUCACCCCUAUGAGUCCUGGCCAAUGGGAGAAGAGAUUCUGGCUGCAGAGCCUCCCUUUGACUCCGUCCCCUCACCCCACCUGCCUGAGCUUCUGGUAUCACAUGUUUGGUGUGGACGUCCAUCGUCUCAGAGUCGUCCUUCAUCCCUCACUGCCAGACGCUGAUGCCAUCGUGCUGUUCCAGAAAGACGGUAACUAUGGUGACACCUGGAACUACGGACAGGUGACCCUAAACCUGACCUCAGACGCCAUGGUGGAGUUCGAAGCUCUGAAGAAAGAAGGCAUGUGGAAUGACAUCGCUCUGGAUGACAUCACACUGACACCUGAGCCCUGUGGCCCUGCCCCUCCGGAGCCAACCAAUGUCCCACCUCCCACCACUAUAGCGCCCAUACCACCUGACUGUGGUGGACCUUUUGAUCUCUGGGAGUCUAAUUCCACCUUUAGCUCUCCAAACUACCCCCAUUCCUAUGGAAACAUGGCCAACUGUUUGUGGACCCUGCAUGCGUCAGCAGGUCAGAACAUUCAGCUCCACUUCCUGGACUUUGAUGUGGAGGCAACCUAUGACAUGGUGGAGGUGCGGGACGGGACGGGGUCUAACUCCACCUUACUGGCUGUCCUCACUGGCAGCGCUGGCCCUGCCCACGACCUGUUCUCCACGUCCAAUCAGAUGAUGGUACGGUUCUUCACAGACAGCAGUGGUGACGGCCGAGGAUUCAAAGCCAACUUCACCUGUGGGGUGGCACUGGGGUCUCCAGCUCCGUGUGCAGUGGCUCAGUUCCAGUGUCAGACGGGAGCCUGUAUCCCUGGCAACAGCCAAUGUGAUGGCGCACUGGACUGUCCCGACGGUUCUGAUGAAGCCGACUGCGUCAAGCUGCAGGUAAACGGCUCCAGGCGGCUCCGGGUCCAGAUCGGCUCCACUCCGCACACCGUGUGUUCUGACGGCUGGACCUCUCACCUGUCGGACUUCACCUGUCAGUACCUGGGAUACAGGUCUGGAGACGCAUCUCUGCUACCAGCUCUGCCUCAGGACUCUCCGUUCGUAUACAUCAGCCUGACCAGAACCAGAACCGGUAACGGGUCACUGGAAACCAACGUGAGUGAGACAUGCAGCAGCGGGGAGGUGGUGUCUCUGAACUGCACCAACCAGCCCUGUGGGCGCCGGCAGGUGACCUGGGACCAAUCAGAGGCCAGCACACUGGACCAAUCAGAGGGCCCCACAAUGGACCAAUCAGAGAGCAGAGGACCUGCAGAUGGUGAGCACAGAGUGGUGGGCGGAGUCAAUGCAGCGAAGGGGGCGUGGCCUUGGAUGGUGUCUCUGCAUUGGAGGGGUCGCCAUGUCUGCGGCGCCUCGUUGAUCGGUAGCGACUGGCUGCUGACGGCGGCACACUGCGUCUAUGGGAAGAAUCUCCACCUGGAGUCCUGGUCGGCUGUCCUGGGGCUGCACGCUCAGUCACAGAUAUACGCUGCGGAGGUUCAGACCAGACUAGUCGAUCAGAUCAUCAUCCACAGAGAAUACAACCGGCUGACCAAACACGGCGACAUCGCCAUGAUGCGUCUGCAGCAGCCAAUCAACUUCACCCAGUGGGUUCAGCCUGUGUGUUUGGCUGCUGAAGGUCAGAAUUUCGCUGCAGGAAGGAGAUGCUUCAUUGCCGGCUGGGGCCGAGAAGCAGAAGCAGGUUCUCUUCCUGACGUCCUCCAGGAGGCGGCGCUUCCUCUGGUGGAGCAGGCUGAGUGCCAGCUCCUCCUACCUGAGUACACAAUCACCUCUAGCAUUCUGUGUGCCGGUUACCCUGAGGGCGGAGUUGAUAGCUGCCAGGGAGACUCUGGAGGUCCACUGAUGUGUGAGGAGGAUGGACACUGGACUCAGAUUGGUGUGAUCUCAUUCGGCGCUGGCUGUGCACGACCCCAGAAACCUGGAGGCUACGCCCGAGUGUCAGCCUUCGCCUCCUGGAUUGCUCAGACCAGACGCUCUUCCUCUUCUUCUUCCUCUUCCUCCUCCUCAUCUUCCUCUCCGUAACAUGGAGGACUCGGGGAAGUUUCUUAAUCAGAGCAGUAAACUUUUGA